AUGAGCACCGCUCUGCGCGUCGUGUCGCUCCUGCCUUCGGCCACCGAGAACGUCUGCGCGCUGCUCUCCGCUUGUCGUGGUCAUGCAUCUACCGUGGAUUCCUCCAUCCCCAUCCCGGAGCUCGUAGGACGCUCGCAUGAGUGCGACUUCCCACGUGACGCAUUAGAUCUUCCCGUGCUCACGGCCGCGCGCACGGCCUUCACGAGCUCCGUCGAUACGCACAACCAGGUACGGGAAGCGCUAGCCAGUGCUGCAUCGCUCUACCAUCUGGAUGCCGACAAGCUCGCGGCCUUGCAGCCCGACGUGAUCCUCACCCAGAGCACGUGCAAGGUCUGCUCCAUCGACCUGGCCAGUGUCCAAGAGGCGGUGGACGAAAGUGUCCACAAGAGGACACUGGUUGACCAAUUGGUGCAGUCAAAUUGUGUGUCAAGUGAAUCUGGUAAGCAGGAAUUAACGUCAACAUCGAAGCACUUAACAACGAUUGUCACAUGCAACCCUACGACGCUUGUGGACGCUGUAGUGACGCAGUUUCGACAGCUGGGGGACGCUCUAGGCGUGCCUCAAGUGGGGGAAUCAAUGGCACAAGAGCAUUUUAACAAGCUGCAGCAACUUGAGCAUCAGGCAGAGGCUUUCGUGGCCAAGGGAGACAAGCCAAAGGUGUUGAUGGUCGAGUGGUUGGACCCUUUGUUCUUGGGCACCAAAGGCUGGAUGAGAGAGAUCGUUGAAGCUGCAGGUGGACAGGUGGUGGACACAUUGGAGGGAGGGCAACACGUAGAUGUAGUGGUAAUAGCGCUGUGUGGACUCACGCUGGACAAGACGGAGCAGGAGCUGCAGGAAGGGCGAGUCGGAGACUGGUGGAAGACGCUUUUGGAUCAAUCUGGUGAUGCCAAUCCUACAGUAUACAUUGUGGACGGUACGUCCAUGUUCACGCGACCUACAGGACGUCUACUUGAUGCACUGGAGUGGCUGGUGCACGCCUUGCAUGAGCCUGAGAGUAGUUGGUUGAAGAGCUCGACGUUCCCAUACAAGCGCUUCGAUACGUCGUUGGUGGCUACUGGUUCUAACGCAAAGGAGAAGAAAUCAGCAGAAAUGCUGGAGAUUGAGGAGCUACAUCGAGCCGCAUGUGCGAACAAACAGGCCAUGUACACAGAUCCAGCAACAGGCUACUCUGUUAUGACUGCGUACAUUUUGAAAGAACGCCAGGAAGAACACACUGACCGGGACUGUUUACUUGCAACCGCGUCGUCGCUCCCGUGGCUUCGCGAAAGAUUCACCCGGUGGUCAAAUGCUCUGGCCGGAGGGUUUUAA